AACUAUCUCGUUAUCAAAUAACAAAAAAGCACAACUAUCUCUCUUGGUGAAGAUGUUCUUCUCAAACAAUAUCUUUCCCCUAGUCCUCGCUCGACGCCUCCUCACUUGCUCCCUCUUGAAUCAUACGACGCCUUUUGCGAGCUAUGUCGACUUGAGCAGCGACCUCCUUUGCAUCAACGAGAACAACCUCUUCUGCCCCUUUUCAAGGCCUACGCGGGGUGACAUAGUGCCUCAUGAUGAGGGUGACAGGUAUAAGGACGGAUGGUUCCUUGAAAAUAUAAUCAUCCAUUGGAAUAUCCAGAUUGGCAAGCAGAAGGCUUAUGUAUCCAUCAAAUGGCAAACUCCCACUGUACUCGUCACUACUUGCUCUGAUCAUGCAGCCGAAAAGCAAGUGGGAAUAGUCAAGCGUGCAUCAAGCCAAGGAAUUGGAGAUCUCUCAAAUAUCAAGCUGAUUGACGACAUCAAUCAGCUUGUUGCGGGGAAGAAAGACAUGCGUGAUGAAAUAGUGAAGAACCCUAUGCAUACCUUUGAGAGAUGCAGUGGUUAUUUUUUCAGCGGGGAGUACAUGCCUUCCAAGAAGCUCGAUGUAUUUCUUAGUGGGAUUAAAGUUGUACGCAGAAAUUUCACGCUCAUGAGCAAGGGGAAGGCCACGAGUGGGAAUGUUAAGAACCCGAACUAGGCCUUCAGUCGUAGACUAAUCUCAUGACCAACAACAAGACUUGAGAACUCUUGAGAUUCAAUACCCAUGAACUGCAUGUUUGCAUAGAAAUACCUAACAGCGAGAGGACAUGGAUGCAGAGGGAAGGACUGAAGAAGAGACCCCCAUCAAAGGUUGUUGAUGUUGUGCAUCACAUGAAUAUCAAACUCUCGAAACUAUACAGGUUCGUCAAUGAUUUUAGUGCGAAGAGAACGAGAAGCAAACAAUCUAUAGAACCGAUCACGAUUCCUUUCCCAGGGGUCAUUAACAUACUUGUUUACAAAGGUUUUGUUAACACCAUGAAGUCUUGGAAGGGGGAUGUUUCCAACCAUGUUUGGGGUAGAGAACGGAAACAAAGCAAAGAAUGAAAGGGUAAAGAGAUU